UUCCUCACACUCACAGUCACAGCACAUUGCCUUUCUGUCUUUUAUUAUCAUUAUCAUUAUUUUUUCCUGGUUGCUUUGCUGGUGAGUACAAGUGUAGUGUGAAUCUAGAACUCCAUAAGUAGAAACUCAUCUCAAACCACUCUCUCUUUUUUUAUCUCACUCACAACUCAAAAAGUCACUAGCAACAGUUGGCAUUAUACACCAACACAGCACACUACAGCCUAUUCUAUAACUCAUUUGCUACAGAAGCAGCUUGAGGCAUUCACUCACAUUCACUGUAGAAAUCAUAAAGAAAAGAAGGAAAAAAAAAAUGAGUCUCGUUGUCCUGCGUAGCCAUCCACCACCAUCAAUCAUUAACUAGGACUUCACUUCCCAUGUCUCCCUCAGUCAUUUUCCUCUAGAUUUAUCAAAUGGGGGGCACUCUCAUAACCAUGCCUCAACCAAGGAUAAUUUUCUUGAAGAUUAUUGUUGCCAUCCUCAACAGCCCUUCUUCCCUUGUUGCCUCAACUUUGGUGUCGCUUUGAAGUGCAAGGUCUUCGUGUUUUCAGUUCCAUCACAUAGCUAAAAGAAAACACCUUUUUUUGGUCCAGGUAAUAAUACCCUUUUUUUCGCCUUGUUUUUGCUGAGUUGUGAGUACCACUGCCAAAUCCAAAGGGGCCCUGGAUCUUGUCUCUUGGAAUCUCAAUUUGAUGAACAGCAUUGAUUUCAGCUUCAGGUUUUAUUAUUCUCCUAAAAAUUCUACUUAAAGUUUGCCCAAUUAUUGCCUUAAUUGCUGCAACUUGUGAAAGAUUUGGUUGAGUUUGAGAGAGAGAGAGAGAGAGGAAUGAAAUGCUCAGAAUCAGCAGAAGAUUGCCAAGUAUUGAGUGAAUCUUUGCCUCUUUGGCUUUGUUGCCUUUUGCAAGGAUUCUUGAGAGAAAAGAGUUUCAUUGUAACGGUUGAAACGUUCAAAGCUGCUUUUAUACUACUGCCCCGGGAGAAUAUUUUUCUUUAUUACAGCAAAACGUGGCUGCAAGUUUCGAUUUUUAAGACCCCUUGAAGAGAUUUGUUGCUUAUUUUUCCGUAUCAACUAUUCGUUAGUGAUAUAUUACCCUGGAUAACCACAUUGAGCUGAAUUUCCAAAAUUCCCUAAAUUUAGCAUCCAUGAAGCUUCUUCCAAGUCUAAUAAUGAUGCUUGUUCUUGUUCUAUACUUUGAAUCACUUCCUAGUGUUAGGGCUCAGUCUAGUACUAUUUAUCCAGGGUCUUCUUCAACAAGGGAAGAAGCAAAGGCUUUGGAUGCACUUCUCCAACAAUAUGCUUACAGGGCUUUGGUGAAUCCAAAAACAGGUACCAUUUACAACGCAACUCAUCUUCCUUCCAAUUUGACUGGGAUAGAGGUUGCAGCAUUGAGAUUAAGGAGUGGAAGUUUAAGGAGAAAAGGGUUUCACGCAUACAAUGAGUUUGAAAUUCCCAAGGGACUCAUUGCGAGUCCAUAUGUGGAAAGGCUUGUUUUGGUGUACCAAAAUCUGGGUAAUUGGUCCACCAGGUACUACUCUUUGCCCAACUAUACUUAUUUGGCUCCAGUUUUGGGACUACUGGCUUAUGAUGGUUCAAAUUUGUCAGCUACAAAUUUAUCAGAACUAGAGAUAGAUGCAUCUCAGGGCCCUAUAUUGGUCAAGUUCAGGGAAGUAAAAUCAGCCCCUCAUGGUGCUGUUGCAAAGUGUGUUUGGUUUGGUUUGCAGGGUUCUUCCAAUUUCAGCAAUGUAACAGGAGGCAACACAUGUUCUAGUUCCCAACAAGGCCAUUUCUCUAUAGUUGUUCCAUCCAGUGCUACUCCAGCACCUUCUCCUGCUCCAAAUGAGGGGCCAGCACCAAGUGCUCAGGGAGAAGGGGAGAAGGAUAAUAAAAAGGUGUGGAUUAUUGUAGGAUCUGUUGUGGGAGGACUAGCAUUGCUUGUGUUGUUGUCACUUCUGGUUUUGUGGAUGAACAAGUACAAAAAGAAGAAGAAAAUGCAACAGAUGGAAAGGGCUGCAGAGGUGGGAGAAGCUCUUCAAAUGGCUUCAAUUGGGGAUACAAAAGCACCUGCUGCAACAGUAACAAGAACACAACCAACCCUAGAACAUGAAUAUGCACCAUGACACUAUAUUUUUGCUUUGCACAAUCUUCAGUUGCUCUUCCACUCAUUCAAGUUAAUUUACUGUGUUCACAAAUUCUUCUAAUCACACUUUUUUCCUGCCCCCGUUUGUUUGCUUAACAUAGGAUUUUUGUGUAAAUCUGUUAUCUCUUUUGUGAUUCAUUGUUGUGUGAAUUAGUAGUAGCCAAAAGUGAUUAUUAUGUGAUAAAUUCAGUUGUUCCAUUGACAAAGAAUAAAACUGUAGAACCUACUUGUUGGGUUAUUUAUCUUGCA